AUGGCACCCCUUCCCAUCGCCUUCGCCUCCGGCUUGUACGACCGGAUGAUCCCACUUGCCACAGGCGAGGUUCGUCCGACCGGCAUCGACCUCAACUUCCUCGAGCUGGAUCACCCUCGAGAUGUCUUUGACCGCAUGGUCUCAACCAAAGACUUUGACUGCUCAGAGCUAUCAGCGUCUGAGUACAUCACCAUGUACGCCGCAGGAAAACGAGACUUUAUCGCCAUCCCCGUCUUCCCCUCCCGAGCCUUCCGCCACAGCUUCAUCGCAGUCAAUAGCGAUCGGAUCAAGUCGCCCAAGGAUCUCAAUGGCAAACGCAUCGGAGUGCAGCACUAUACCAUGACUGCUGCGGUAUGGCAGAGGGGUUUACUGCAGCACGAAUACGGUGUGGACCUGAGCUCCAUAGAAUGGGUAGAAGGCAAAAUAGAGGGGCCAGGAUCGCACGGAAAGCCCUCCAGUCUUCCAGCCCUGAAGCCAGUCAAAAUCACGCAGAACACGAACCCCGAGAAAUCACUCAGUGAUCUUCUUCGCGACGGGGAGAUAGACGCCACGAUAGGGGCAGAUCCGCCGGAGUGCCUGGGCAGGGCGCCGCAUAUCAGGAGGCUGUUUCCGGACUUCAAGCAGGUGGAGAAGGACUACUUCAAGCGGACGGGGAUAUUCCCCAUCAUGCACCUGGUUGCCAUCAGUCGGGAGCUGUACGAGAAGAACAGAUGGAUAGCAACGAACCUAUUUGAGGCGUUGGACGAUAGUAAGGAGCUGGCGAGGAAGAGAAUGUUGACGACGAGUGCUCUCAGGUACAUGCUACCGUGGCUGCCGGAGGCGAUUGAUGACAUCAGGGAGACAUUUGGCGAUGAUUGCUGGCCAUACGGGCUGGAGUCGAACAGGAAGACGCUCGAGGCGUUGGUCACGUACUUGGAGGAACAGUCGAUGAUUGACCGGAAGAUACCCAUUGAAGAGUUAUUUGCGCCUGUAAGGCCUGCCAACUUCAGGAUCAGAUAG